GGGCGGGCCGGGGGAGCGGCGCCUCCCGGCGCUCCGCCCGCCGCCCGCCGAGUCCCACCGAGGGAAGCGGCGGUGCGGGAGCGGAGCCGUCCCGAGCCACGCCGUGCCCCGGACGAUGCGUGUCUGCGGGUGGUGAAGCAGCGGCUGGGGCCGGGGACGCCUGCGCCCACUUCCAGGAAAGGAUGCCACAGACACCUCCCUUUGCAGCUAUGUUUGACAGCAGUGGCUACAACAGGAAUCUGUAUCAGUCAAAAGAGGACAACUGUGGAGGGCUCUGUUACCACGACAACAACCUCCUGUCAGGGUCUCUGGAAGCUCUGAUCCAGCACUUGGUACCCAACGUAGAUUACUAUCCUGACAGGACAUACAUCUUCACCUUCCUUCUCAGUUCACGCCUGUUCAUGCAUCCGUAUGAACUCAUGGCCAAGGUCUGCCAUCUGUGCAUUGAGCAGCAGAGACUAAGUGAGCCUGGCCUGGACAAGAACCGCAUACGAAAAAUUGCACCCAAAAUCCUACAGUUGUUGACUGAAUGGACAGAGACAUUUCCUUAUGAUUUCCGAGAUGAAAGAAUGAUGAGGAAUUUAAAGGAGUUGGCACAAAGAAUAGCUAGUGGUGAUGAGAUGUAUCGGAAGAACAUACAGCAGCUCCUCCAGAACCUGAUUCGGAAGCUCGCCACUGUUAGCCAGUAUGAGGAAGUACUUGCAAAAGUUAAUGCCACAACUACAGAUCGCCUCACGGUUCUGAAGACCAAGCCCCAGUCCAUCCAGAGGGACAUCAUCACAGUCUGCAAUGAUCCCUAUGUGUUAGCUCAGCAGCUGACACACAUAGAGCUUGAGAGACUCAACUAUAUUGGACCAGAAGAAUUUGUCCAGGCAUUUGUGCAAAAGGAUCGUCUGGAUAAUGACAAGGGCUGCUACGGAAAUCGAAAGAAGACCCGGAAUCUGGAAGCCUAUGUGGAAUGGUUUAACAGGCUCAGUUACUUGGUUGCAACAGAAAUCUGUAUGCCUGUGAAGAAGAAGCACAGAGCAAGGGUGAUAGAAUAUUUCACUGAUGUGGCACGGGAAUGUUUUAACAUUGGCAACUUUAACUCCUUAAUGGCUAUCAUUUCGGGCAUGAACAUGAGUCCUGUGUCUCGGUUAAAGAAAACUUGGGCAAAAGUGAAGACAGCCAAAUUUGAUAUUCUUGAGCAUCAGAUGGACCCUUCUAGCAAUUUUUAUAAUUACCGAACUGCUCUGCGUGGAGCCGCUCAAAGGUCCUUGACAGCUCAUAGCAACAGAGAGAAGAUCGUAAUACCUUUCUUCAGCCUCUUGAUCAAAGAUAUUUACUUCCUCAAUGAAGGUUGUGCCAAUCGUCUUCCAAAUGGUCAUGUCAAUUUUGAAAAAUUUUGGGAAUUGGCGAAACAAGUCAGUGAAUUUAUGACGUGGAAGCAAGUGGAGUGUCCUUUUGAAAGGGAUCGGAAGAUUCUGCAGUACUUGCUCACUGUCCCAGUCUUCAGUGAUGAUGCACUUUACUUGGCUUCCUAUGAGAGCGAAAGUCCUGAGAAUCACGUUGAAAAGGACAGAUGGAAGACACUAAGGUCAGCACUUCUGGGCAGAGUCUAGUGCACAAGAUGGCUGCUGUUUCUGCUGUUGCUGUUAUGUGGCUUACCAGGGGGCAUGGCUUGGUUUGUUUUUCUGUACACUGAGUGGCAUUCAAAGUGAUGAAAAAUGUGCAGUCAGUUGGGAUAUUGUGUCAGCAACGAUGAAACAAGUUAACUCAAGAACAAACAGGCAGCUUCUCACAUCUGACAGAUGAGAUAAAAUCACAGCCCACUUGGCUGUGAUUCAGGCUUAAGUAUUGAUUGAGGACAGCACUGACAGAAUCCUUUGAAGAGCUCUAUGCCACCUAUGAAUCAUUUCACACCUGGAUGGAAUAUUUUUCCUUGUCCUUUUGCUGCAGCUUGCUGCUACAAAGACACUGUAGAGUUGGUCGUAGAUUAUGGAGGGGAAAAAAUCAACCAUUCCUUUCAGUGAAACCCAAGUCUACGCUGAAGAACUGCCAUUUCUAAUAAGCUGAAGAUAGCCAGGAACUUUGCCUGAUCAGGAUUGCUAAGAAGGGAAAGGACUGAAAACAACAAAUUGGCUGCUGGGAAGAGUUUCUCCCCACCACUGUAAUGGUGGCUGCGGGUUUUUUUUUUUCUUUUUCCAUUAUGUUUUUGAGUUGGCUGCUGGUAGGCAAACUCAUUAUUAUUCUAAGUUAUUUUAAAAAUAAAAAGUAAUAAAAAUCAA